AUGAUGCCUUCAUUCUUCAGCAUUAUUGCAAGCCUUGGGCUGCUGGCCAGCGCUUCUCUUGCCGCACCACUUGCGUCUCGGGCCACGGGCGCUCAGAAUGUCGUCUACUGGGGCCAGAACGGCGGCGGCGUUGUCGAGAACAACGACCUCGCGACAUACUGCACCAAGGAGGCCGGCAUCGACAUUGUCGUCCUCGCAUUCUUGUACCAGUACGGCAACGGAAACAAGAUUGCCUCUGGCACCAUCGGCCAGUCGUGCUCCAUCUCCCCUUCUGGCGAGGGACAAAACUGCGACGCCCUGGCCAAAGCCAUUGACACCUGCAAGGCCAACGGCGUCAAGGUCGUGCUGUCCCUGGGCGGCGCCUCGGGAGCCUACUCUCUGACCUCUCAGCAAGAAGCAGAAGCCAUCGGCCAGAACCUCUGGGAUGCCUACGGAAAGCCGGGCUCCAACCCUGCCGCCUCUGUUCCUCGACCCUUUGGCAACACGUUUGUCAGCGGCUGGGACUUUGACAUUGAGAGCAACAGCGGCAACAACUUCUACCAGUUCAUGAUUGCCAAGCUGCGGUCCAACUUUGCCUCCGACCCCGGCAACCAGUACUUCAUCACGGGGGCGCCCCAAUGCCCGAUCCCCGAGCCCAACAUGAACGAGAUCAUCACCAAGGCGCAGUUUGACUACCUCUGGGUCCAGUUCUACAAUAACCCCGGGUGCUCGGUUGACGGGACCAUCAACUUUGGCGACUGGAAGAAGAACGUGGCCAACACGCCGUCUGCCAACGCCAAGAUCUUCAUUGGCGUCCCUGCCUCUCCUCUCGGAGCGACGGGAACAGCAAGCGGCGCCAAGUACUACCUCGAGCCUAAGAAGCUAGCUGCUCUUGUCGACCAGCACAGCAGCGAUCCGGCCUUUGGUGGUGUCAUGAUGUGGGCUGCUGGUUUCUCGGAUGCCAAUGUGAACAAUGGACGUACUUAUGCUCAGGAAGCAAAGGCUAUCCUGACCGCUGCGAAUUCUUGCUAA